AUGGGGAGUGGUGACGUGAUUCCAACAUUGAGUAUGAUUCUGGUGCAGCUAGGUUAUGCAGGCAUGACUAUUACCUCCAAGCUUUCAAUACAGUCUGGGAUGAACCCUCUUGUUCUGGUCGCUUAUCGUCAACUCUUUGCCACUGCAUUCAUUGCUCCUUUUGCCUUUUGGUUGGAACGGAAAACAGUUUGCAAGUUGACGGUGCCCAUUACAUUCCAAAUAUUACUAUGUUCCUUGACGGGAGUUACAGUGAACCAGAUACUGUACUUCGUGGGGCUAAAAUAUUCCACCGCUACAAUCGCAUCUGCACUCACCAAUUUGCUCCCAGCUUUCACUUUUAUUCUUGCUGUCCUGACCAGACAAGAGUGUGUGAGAAUCAAAACAAAGGCUGGGCAAGCUAUGGUGUUAGGGACUGUUCUGGGUAUUGGCGGAGCGCUUUUCUUAUCAUUUUACCAUGGCAAAGCUAUCAAUUUAGGCCGAUCAGGGAUUCACUGGGAAUAUGCAGAGAAAAACGGACAAUUAAGCUCCAUCUCCAAAACAAAUACGUUCUUUGGUCCUCUUUUAGUGAUUGGGAGCGCUCUCAUUUGGGCUCUGUGGUUCGUAAUCCAAGCAAACUUGUGCCGGAAGUAUCCAGCUCCCUACAAGAGCACCGCCUACAUGUGUUUUUUGGCAAGCAUGCAAUGCGUGGCCAUCGCUUUAUGUGUUGAACGCCAAGCCUCAGCUUGGUCCCUCGCCAAUUCUAUGAGACUCACAUCAGCACUGUAUGCGGGUAUUGUUUGCACUGGGGUAGCUUGUUGCUUAAUGUCAUGGACUAUUGAGAGGAAAGGCGCUCUUUUUGUGUCUGUGUUCAGCCCGUUGCAAGCCGUCAUCGCUGCUAUUGUCAGCUGGGCCUUACUUCAGGAGAAGUUACACGCUGGAACCGCGAUAGGGUCCGUCAUGAUAGUUUUGGGGCUUUAUUCUGUCUUGUGGGGAAAGAGCCAUGCGAGAGACAUAAUUCAAAAGACUGAAGAAGAAGCGUCGAAGCGGAAUGGAAUCGGCGAUGGUACGAGUAAUAACCAGGAGUUACAGCAGGUUGGCAGGCACGAUACUGCUAUUUAACUAGAUCGGAUGGAUGAUCUCCAAUUUGGAUUCUUCAUCAAUGUUUUGUACUUGGUGUCGUCCUUGAGUUUUGGACCAAAGUGAUCACAUACGGUAUAGCUGACUUCUUAAGUCUUAAUGACAUGU